UGGCGUAUAUAUUUGUAUUUGUGCCAUAAUGAACACGGUGUGGACCGUCACACAUUAUUCUGUUCCCGAAGAGAUGGAGGAAGGCUCUGUGGUUGCUAAUUUGGCAUCGGAUUUGGGCUUAGACGUGAGGACGCUCAGCAAGAGGAAAAUGCGCAUCGAUGUUGUCGCAAAUAAAAAAUACCUUGAGAUCAACAAGGACACGGGAGAGCUCUUUGUUCAGGAGAGAAUAGACAGGGAGUUACUGUGUCCCUUGAAAACGACCACGUCCUGUUUUCUUAAAUUAGACGCUGCGAUUGAGAAUCCAAUUCGCAUGUUUAACAUUGAAGUGGAAAUCACGGACAUUAAUGAUAACGCUCCUCAUUUUCGACGAGGUACCAUGCAUUUGGACAUUUCCGAGUCAAGCCCGGUUGGAGAGAGAUUCUCCUUAAAUAAUGCAGUGGAUCCAGAUGUUGGAGACAAUUCUGUGCAAAACUAUCGCCUGAGCGCCAGCCAACAUUUUAACAUCGAAAUUCAGAUGGGGAGAGAUGGCACCAAGUUUGCAGAUUUGAUUCUCACUAAGGUGCUGGACAGAGAGCAGCAGGCUGUUCAUCAUCUCAUCCUCACUGCUGUGGACGGAGGACUUCCGGCCCGCACGGGCACAGCCAGUAUCAUUGUUCGAGUCCUGGAUGUCAAUGACAACGCCCCAUCUUUUGACAAAGACAAAUAUUUGGUAGAUGUGAUGGAGAACUCCCCUAUUGGUAGCCUGGUGAUUCAAUUAAAUGCCACCGAUUUAGAUGAAGGCUCUAAUUCUGACGUCUUUUAUUCGUAUAGUUUAUACACGUCAGAAAGAACACAGAAUGUGUUUAGUUUAAAUCAUGAAAAUGGUGAAAUCAGAGUGAAGGAGAUGAUUAAUUAUGAAGAUUUGAAAUCUUAUGAAAUGGAAGUCAUUGCUAGUGAUAAGGGGCUAAACCCCUUGUCUGGCCAGUGUAAAGUGGAUAUACAGGUGAUAGAUAUGAAUGACAACCACCCUGAAAUUUCUAUCAAAUCCUUUCAAAGCCCAGUUAAAGAAAACAUAGCUGUCGACACAGUGAUAGCAGUGGUCAGCGUGAGUGAUAAGGACUCAGGAAAUAACGGAGUGGUGGACUUUCACAUUCCUCAAAAUAUGCCUUUCAAACUGAGGGAGUCUCCGGAUAACUAUUAUAAGUUAGUGGUUUCCGAGCCAUUGGACCGCGAGAAAGUUCCGGAAUAUGAAAUCACCUUCACUGUCACCGACUGGGGCUCCCCUCCUUUAAGUGACAAUGAAACUAUGACUUUGCAGCUGCUGGAUGUCAAUGACAAUGUCCCACACUUUCCUCAGUCCUUUUACACCAUCCGCGUGAUGGAGAAUAACGCUCCAGGCGCCUUGCUCAGUUCCCUUAGCGCGUUUGACCCUGACCUCCACGAGAACCAGUACCUGGUUUACUUCAUCCUGGAGAAGGAGAUCGCCAACACCUCCAUGUCCAUGCUGUUCUCCAUCAGCCCGGAGAACGGCAACCUUUACGCUCUCAAGACUUUUGACUAUGAGAUGGAGAAGGAGUUCCUCUUCCACAUCGAGGCCCGAGACUCGGGCUCUCCUCCGCUCAGCAGCAAUGUGACGGUCCACAUCAUCAUUGUGGAUCAAAACGACAACGCCCCAGUAAUCGUCUCUCCGUGGCGAGCGCACGGCUCGGUGGUGGAGGAAAAGAUCCCCAGAUCCACCGACAAAGGUUCUCUGGUGGCCAAGGUGAUUGCCUUGGACGUGGAUUCCGUGCACAACUCUCGUGUCACCUACCAGUUCCUGCAGGUGACGGACGCCUCUUUGUUCAGUCUGGACCAGUACAACGGAGAGAUUCGCACCAUGAGGAUGUUCAGCUACAAGGAUUCGCGCCACCAGAGACUGGUUGUGGUCGCCAAGGACAACGGGGAGCCGGCUCUCUCGGCGACAGUCACCAUCAAGCUGUCCACGGUGGAGACGGCCGUCAAGGCCUACUCGGAUAUGACCGAGGUGCCUCUGGAAUAUGACAUUUUCUCCGACCUCAACCUGUAUCUGGUCAUCGGUCUGGGCUCGGUGUCCUUCCUGCUGCUCAUCACCAUCUUGGUCACCAUCGUGCUCAAGUGUCAGAAGAUCAAGCCCAGCAAAGCGGCUCCUCCCUGCAGGAACAGCGUGAUCAGCGAGAGGAACUCCACCAUUGCAGAUUCCACUCUGGUGUCCAACGAUGCCUACUGGUACAGUCUCUUCCUCGCUGAGACCAGAAAAGGAAAGCUGGUGGUCAGGCAGCCCAUGCCGAAGGGCUCCAGGUACAUUGUGUCCAGUAUUCCCAGGAGCACUGGCAUGUCUGGGACCAGCGACUCCGCUCCUUCCACCUUGCAGUACCCGAAAUGAGGGAAGGCCACUCCACAGCUUGGAGGCAUCUACAACCAGCAGCACUCAAUCCACAUGGAGGCCAGAACUGCCCCAUUUGCAAAUUAGAACCAGUCAUGAGCGGAGACCUCCAGAGGAAAAGAGAUAACCCGGAAUUGACAUCACUCUCAUUCUCGUCAUGCUCAGCCUGGUUCCUCAUACUUGACAUCCACUGAAUGCUGCGGUGAAGGACUCCCCAACCCUUCUUACAAUCUCCUCUAUUCUUUAAGCACAUGAAAAGCCAAUCUAAGCCUUUUUAAAACUUUUCAGUGUGCACGGCAUGACCGCAUGGCUUCAACCACACUUCAUCCCAAUAAUAUGUUAAUGUGUAAGAAACGUCAUUUGCCAAGAAACAGACUGGACCAUGAGAAGUCCAAAAAGCCAAAACAGAGGAACAAUGUGAGUGGACAAUUGGAUGUGGAAUCCCUAAAUGAGACUGUAUUGCCUCAUAGGACCAACCAUACAUAACGUGUACAGUAUUUUACAUUUUCAUCCACUUUGUCUUUCUGGUUUUCUGCAUUAUCAUCAAUGGAAAUGGCACAGUAUGUUAAAAAAGCAACAACAUGUGAUUUGCAAGAAUGAGAUCGGAAUUUUAUAACUAGUGACAUCUGGUUUUUGUAAAUGGCAUCAUGAGCAAAGCCCCCAGUUCUGAAUGAGCGUGCAGAAUGAUUUGGGUGACUUAACAAACUUACCGUCUCGAGAAUUUCAUGAAGGAAUAAUGAUUCGUUUGUAAUAUUUCAAACAUUGUGGUUUAAGAAAAAAAAAAAAAAAUGCGGCCAUUGCUACUUAGUUCAAACUGUCUUGAAAUGAUGGUCAACUAUAGAAAAAGAAGUAUAUUCAGCACAUGUACUGUACAUUCCAAUGGUAAAAAUUAGCCACUGCAACUGUAAUGUGGUGCCUAACUUUUGCUCCAAAAUGAUCUCAUGUAAACAAGUUGGGUUGUUAGGUCAACAACUGCGGAAAUGAGAGGCCUUUUGUCAGUGUUCACCCACUUUCAAUUUUUUUAUUGCAUGGAAUAACCAUCAUAGUUUUAGGUAGUGUACAACCCAUUUUCUGUAUCAACAAUAAUCAUCCUCUCAGAAUAAAACUGAGGAACAGGA